AAGUGAAGAGUCUUGUUUAUGGAUAUUUUUAAUAAAGAUCUGGAAUAUGCAUAGUAUUAAUGAUGAUAAGGAGGAGGUAUUUUGCAAGGUGAGGGUUCGGAUCAAGUGUUCAGUUGUUCCAUAUUUGAGUGAAUUUACUAUUGAAAUAAACAAAAAUUCGACAGUAGAAGUAUUGAAAAGUCGGAUUAAUAGUCUAUUUAAAGGAUAUAUUAAUACAUUUGAUUAUCGGCUUAUAUUUGAUGAUUAUAUUGUUGGGAAUGAUCAGAGUAUUAGCCAGUUUAUUAAAGAGGGUUCAGAUGAGGUUAUAUUUCAUUUGAUUAUGGUUUCUAAGAUGCUUUCGUCAUCAUCAGGGUCUCAGGAUAUGUCUAUGGCAUUUAAUGCAUUUUCUAAUGAUAUAUUUAAUCAUGGUUCUUCUGGAACAGAGAAAGCAGAACAAAAUGUAUUUAAUGAAGGAAAUGGGUCUAGUUCUAGUCAUGGAUGCCAUGUACGGUUACCAGUUUAUUAUCAGGCAGCAGUUGUUGAUAAUAAACCAUGUCUUUUCAAGGUUUCAAGUUAUCCUAACAUACCUGUUUUGAAUAAUGGCUCUAUUUUUUCUAUAGGGGGUGAUAAUUCAUAUCAGAUUUUAUUAAUGUCAUCUGAAAAUUCAUCACAAUAUUUAAAUCAAAAUGUACAAAAUGAUUCACAGUUUUCAAGAACUACUAUUAAUCCAGAUCUACAUCCACAGGAUCAUAAUGCAAACAAUGAACGCUUACGUAUGGCGUUUGUUCAUUUAUGGUUAUUUAUAAGAUUGGCUUUUUUUGUUGGUCUUUUUUCCGUAAACAGUUCAUGGAUACGAUUUUGUACAUUGGUUUUUAUUGCACUUCAGUUUUUUUUUUGGCAUACAGGACAUUUAAUAAGUUUAAGGCUCUUUUUUCAAAGAAUAAUUAAUCGAGACAGAGAUCGAAACUCGUCACGAAAUGAGCAGUCUUCUCUCAAUUCAGAGCAUGGAUUGUCUCAAUCUACUUCUUAUGAUCAAGAAGAUGCUAAUGAGCCUGUUGAAUUCAAUUGGAGAAGAAAUUUAGGCCACAAAAUUCUUACAUUUAUUAUUAGUUUAUUUCCUUUGACGGAAUAAUAUCGAAUUUAAUAAAGGAUCUUUUUCCUUCCUUUUUCAUAAUUUC